AUGCUUUUUCUUCCUAGUGCACUUACCUGCCCGUUCAUGAUCGCUAGAUUGUUUCACAUUUCGCAUUUUAAGCCUUUGGAAACCUAUCUCAUUUCUUUCUUCUUACAUCCUUUCCAUUCCAUUAAAGUUUAUUUUUUCCUCCGUCUCUCUCUAAUUCCACCAGAUUUUUGGAUUCGCUUUACUUUUUUGUGCUUCCUUUUCGAUGAUUUUCGGAGUAUUUUUUUUUUUUUACAAUAUUUUGUCCCUCUUUUUCUUCCCUCGUUUUUCAUCUCAUAUACUUUCUUUUGUUUUGUCCUUACUUCCGUGUUACUCUUCUUUCUUUCUUUGUUUCUUUUAGUGUAUCAUUCUUUUAGUGUCACUUUUUACGUCUUUUCUUCUUUCUUUCUUAUUGCUUUAUAUUACACCUUUAUUUUUUUCUUUCAUUUUAGUAACUCUUGUUGCAUAUAUCCUCCUUUCUUCGUGUAUCUUACUGUUUUUCUUUCUUUCUUUUUACUACUUCUUAUUACUUCUUUCCUGUCGUUUUUAUUCACUUAUUAG